UUCAAUCGGUCGUUUGCGAUCGUCACGUUCCCGGCAUAUUCGAUGCGGCGAGCGCAUUUUUUUAUUUACAUCCGUGUGGACAGAGACUGCAUCCGACUAUUAUUGUAAGGGGGUGCGACGCAGUGCGGCUGUGUUUCCCGUUACGUUCGUUCCCUGAUCCGUAAUACGUCGUCCGUUCCGUUCCCGGUUUUAUUUUUCAUCGUUUUCGGUUCUGUGUUGCGCGGGUUCGUUUCGACGAGACCCCACGGCGGCGUGUGCCCGGUUGGAUUUACUUACUUUGCAGCGAGGAGAGACGGCGGACGCCGAUAAAGUCGACGGCGAUUGUUAGAUGCAUACGUAGACGUGGCUGCUGAUGAAAAUGACGCCGCAAGCGAACAGCUGACCUAGGCAGAAAAAAGAUUCCCCCCUUUUUCAUAAGAGAACCACUCCAGCCCGUGUCCGUAUACACGUAGAGAAAAAUAUAAGAGAGAGAAAAACUGCGAAUUAGUUGUAAAUAUUACCAUAGUGCGUAACAUAUUUUAAUAGUGCGAUAGUGCCACAAGUUAGUUCGUUAGUCUCAUAUUAAUAAAUUACACUGUAAAUCGUAAGACUGUUAUACAACAAGUGAAAUUUAUCGUAGUUUCAUUAUUAUUUAUUCGGGUACUAAUCGCUUUUUAUCUCGUAAAGUUUAUCUCAAGUGGGAACGUAGGGGAGAGCUGGACAUACCAUAAAAGGAUUAUCAAGGGUUAAAUUACGAAGACUGUUUUAAUAUUGUGAUAGUAUGUCGCGGCCGGAUCCCGGUCGUCCCCUGCCCCGCCUCGGUUGAUGACCGCCGCCGCGACGACGACGCACCACGCGCCGCCACCGACCAACAUGGACCUCAAGCACGAGAUGAUGUACCGCGACGACGACGUGCUGCUCGUCAAGUCCGAGGCGCCGCCGCUCCAGACCUCGAACGGCCUCGCGACCAUCUUGGCGGGAGCGACGACGCCCUCCAACGGUCUGGUGACGACGCUGGCGGCCGUCGGCAACGGCAUCCAGUCCAACGGGCUAGUGUCGGGACAGUUCGGGGGCUUGGGGAACGGGAGUGCGUCGGGCAGCGGUAACGGUACCGCCGCCAAGAGGCAGAGGACGGACGAAUGGAUGGGCUCGCCCAGUCCCAGGACUAUCAGUGCCAUCGCGCCGCCCCUGACGCCGUCGCCGGGGCCGCCCGGCCACCAGCUACCCUUCACGGUCAUCAGUAACGGGUACUCGUCGCCGAUGUCGUCGGGGAGCUACGAUCCGUGCAGUCCCAACGAUAAAAGUGGUAAGCAUCCGCAACACGACUCGGACUACCAUAACGUGUACUUCGAUACAAGUCGCGAAGACCUAUCACCUAGCAGCAUAAACGGGUACAGCGCCGACAGUUGUGAUGCGAAAAAGAAGAAGGGCCCAACGCCCAGGCAACAAGAGGAACUGUGUUUGGUGUGCGGGGACAGGGCAUCGGGGUACCACUAUAACGCGCUCACGUGCGAGGGCUGCAAAGGUUUUUUCCGGCGGAGCAUCACAAAGAAUGCGGUGUACCAAUGCAAAUACGGCAACAACUGCGAAAUCGACAUGUACAUGCGUCGCAAGUGUCAGGAGUGCAGACUGAAGAAGUGCUUGAGCGUGGGCAUGAGGCCCGAGUGUGUGGUGCCCGAGGUCCAGUGCGCAGUCAAACGGAAAGAGAAGAAGGCGCAGAAGGAGAAGGACAAACCGAACAGUACCACCAAUGGAUCGCCGGACAUCAUCAAAAUGGAACCAGAGUUUGUGUUCCAGCUAUCAGAUUCGGAAAAAGCCCUCACAAACGGUGUGAAGCCGAUUUCACCGGAACAAGAAGAACUUAUACAUCGACUUGUAUAUUUUCAAAACGAAUACGAACAUCCAUCAGAGGAUGAUGUAAAACGAAUUAUUAAUCAACCAAUUGAGGGUGAAGACCAGUGUGAUAUUCGAUUUAGACAUAUAACAGAAAUUACCAUAUUAACUGUACAGCUAAUCGUGGAGUUCGCGAAAAGGUUACCUGGGUUCGACAAACUGCUACGAGAGGAUCAAAUAGCUCUCUUGAAGGCCUGUUCGAGUGAGGUGAUGAUGUUCAGAAUGGCGAGACGAUAUGAUGUCCAAUCAGAUUCCAUAUUGUUCGUCAAUAACCAACCAUACUCAAGGGACAGCUACAAUUUAGCCGGUAUGGGCGAGACGAUUGAAGACCUGCUACACUUUUGCAGGACCAUGUACUCGAUGAAGGUCGACAACGCUGAAUAUGCGCUACUGACUGCCAUCGUCAUCUUCUCAGAACGGCCGUCAUUGAUAGAAGGCUGGAAGGUGGAGAAGAUCCAGGAGAUCUACCUCGAGGCGCUACGCGCCUACGUCGAUAACCGGCGGAAACCGCGUCCGGGCACGAUUUUCGCCAAGCUGCUCAGCGUGCUGACUGAGCUGCGCACCCUCGGCAACCAAAACUCCGAGAUGUGCUUCUCGCUGAAGCUGAAGAACAAGAAGCUGCCUCCGUUCCUCGCCGAGAUAUGGGACGUCGAUCUGAAGACAUAGUAGAGGCGUGCAAGCGAUCCGCUGGCCAAGCGCUGGAAAUCCGCUGAAGGCGUGCCAGCGAUGCGCUGCUGCUAUGCGGUGGGACGUGCGCUGCGCGAUACCAAGCUCUCCGAACGCCGCAUCCGGUUAUUUAUUUGCGAGCUGGACGGAGACGAGAUUGUACAUAGGAUUAAGGUGUGGUCGGUGCGGAGGACUUUUUUACUUAAUAGCGACACGCGUGCGGAUCCGGUCCCACCUGAAAGUUGGCUGUGAAAAUUUAAAUAUAAAAUUUAAUCUUUUUUGUUUUUGUACUAACGCGAAUGUUGGACGGCAUCUAUUGUAGAGACAAAACAAUGUUAUUACUGAGAGUAGGUUUAUUUAGGUAAUUUUUUUAAGUGAGUGCUGGUUCUCUCGUUCUUCUCCCCGACAUUGCGUGAAUGAGUCGCGAAAAUGCAAUAUUUGCACCCAAUUGUCCAUUGACAUCACCUUUUUAAUGGGGUGAGAGGUUUAGUUUAAAGUAAAUCACUAUAUUAAUUGAAUUCGUAUUAUAAAUAUAAAAUUUCACGUAGUUAAUUAUUAAGUAUUGAUUAUAUUCAUUAAACUAAUCGAAAUAUUAUCUAAAAUAAUUUAUUUAUUGUGAUUAUCAAAUUUUAAAACCAUUGUAAAUGUAUAUUAUUUGUAAUUUUUAUUUUGUCCAAUCGUGGGCGACUACUAGACCUGAUUAGAAGUGAUAUUUAUGAAAUGUUUCUUUGAAAUAUAUUUCCGUUAGUUUACUGAAGAAUAGCACCACUUAAGUGUUAAAUUUAAACUAUGUACUUAUUGCUAAACCUCAAUAGAAUAUAUUUAAUUUAUGAAUUAUGUAGAUUGCGUCGAUUUCGGGCAAAAGAAUGAGGAAAUUCACACAAAAUAUCUCGGCGACUACCGCCCCGAUUCGUGAAUCAAACUAUUUAAGUAGAUUUUGUAAAAACUGCGAAAACAGAACCUGUAUAGAGAAUCUGAUAAACUGAAACUUUUAAAAAUACUAAAAAUGAAACUUUUUGUAAAACACUUUAUCUUGGCAAUUAGCUUACUUAAAUUGGUAAGACUGGACAGAUUGGACUGACUUUUAAAACUUUGAGGUGCCUUCAUUUUAUGACAAAAAGCGGAUCAUACAGACUGAGGGCAAGUUGCAACUUACGGGGAAAAAACAGAAGAACAUUUACUAAUCAGGCAAUCUAAAAUUAUUUUGACAAUUUUUUACAGUCCUAUUGACUAUUUCGUGUUAUAUACUAUUAUCGAUGUUACGUAAGAAACAAUUAUAGGGUUUGCAGGGUCUGACUGCAGUGUAGGUAAUUUUAUAAAACCUUUUGAUGGAGUGGUUUAAGAGAAUUUGGCAAACUUAACGAAAUUUUGCAUUAUUAGAUGUGAUUAGUUGUAUUUAUUGUUUAAACUAAUUAAUAAAAAAUUCUAAAUUUUGCUCAAAUUUUCAAUGAUAUUAAUUGUAUUUUAGGAUAUACGAAUUUUGAAAUUUUUUAGGCUAGGCAUUACAAUUUUUAGCACCAAUUUUACAAAAUUUCUAACUUAAAUGAUUAAAAGUAUGAGAGAUUUCCUGAUUAAUAAAUGUUCGAAACGAUUUUUGCGUAUGAGGUAAAUUUUUAUGAUCUGGUCAACAGGAAAAAAAAUGAUUUCAAGUGCAAUUUAGUUCUUAAAUGGAAAAAUACGGAACCUUUUUAUUCAAUCUAUUGUUUACACUUAAUUAAGAAAACUCGACAAUGCACCAAAUAGAGAAAGCUUAGAUCCCCCAAAAAUAUUGUAGAGAGAGAGAGAGAAGGAAAGGACAUAAAUUAGUAAGAUAAUACCAUCGUCUUCGUGGGCAGAAUUACUUCAAAUUAUAUAGGUAAAAAAAAAUAAGAUGUUUUAGCCGUCCGAUAAAGAUGAACAUUUUAGCAGUGAAAUGUGAAGUGAUUCAUGCAUGGACAAAUAUCAGUGCUAUUUGUAGACUAGUGCCAUCUAACAGGCCAUAGUCCAAACCAAUGCGUGCCUCAUUUUUAAUAACAGCUUCACUUUUAGUCAUGACGUCUUACAUUUCAAACAUUUCAUUAGACAUUUUUUAUAAACGUUUUAUAAUACUCCUAAUUAAACUAGCACUUUAUUGUUUUAAGUUAUUUCUUUGUAGUACUGUAAUUAACUUUUUUUGUUAUCUGAUCCAUGCCAUAAAGUAUUUAUUCUAAAAUGGGGCACGCGCACUAAGAAAGACUAUCCUGCCUUUUACGAACUAUUGAUGUUUAAACAAAAUGAGAAACCUUUGAUGUGUAGCGAUUAGUCUACUACUCAUUUUUAUACUGUAUAGUUUCUGCGUUAGAAUUCUGCUAGUAGAUAAAAACAUGCAUAUAUACAUAUACAUAUUUUUCAUCGAUGUAGAUAUACAUAUUUUCAUAUAAAUACAAAGAGACAGAAGUAUUUUUGUUCAAAUAUCGAUCCGUGAAUUACUUUCACUUGUUAUGUGGAUAGAGAAGCGUAACCGACUUAAAAGUCUACAAAAAUAACGACUAUGGUUCUGUGAGUACUAAUUGUGAGUACCACCCAAUGAGUAACAUAACAAGUGAACGCUGGCGGAUUUUCGCGCCAUCUAUUGCCUUAUUAAAAACAACAUACAUAUUAUUUUACUCAGGAGUCAACCUUCAAUUGUUUUAAUCCAGGUAAUCCAGGCAAUAUAGUUGAGAAAAAAAUGUUUAAAUGUUUGUAAAUAACAUAUUUAUGGUCGAAAUAAGGAGUCGUAACUGUUGAAAUAGAAUAGUGCGGGAAGUUAAAAGGAACUCGCAACAAAAUAAAACAUGUGAUUUUCCCAAUAAAAAUGGCCUUCGCGUUGUAGAAUAUUUGUUGUGUAAAUUCAGAAAUAUCUAAUUUUAUUCUUGAUUAUCAGGGCAAAAAAAGAACAGAUAUUAUAUUUCAUAGUUUAGAUGCUUGCUGAUACAUCUGAUUGCUUUCGAAGGUGGUCAGAUUGUUGGUGAAGUUAUGAAGUAAUACAAGUGUACAAAUCAACGACGUACAAAGAUUUUCAGGAAAAAUUGUUAUAUUUAGCUAUUGGUUGACUCCUUUCGGUUAAAAGAAAACAAAACGGUGGAUGAAACUGGCAUUUUCAACUAAUUUUUCAAAUUUUGUGCCAUAAAAUAUUAAUUGUUUAAUUAAAAUUCUCACUUAAAUUUAAUUUUCUGGUUCGAUUUUUGUAUAAAAUUAUAGUGAUGGGUGAAUUUGAGUCGAGUACUACUCUAUUCUUAAUUGUAUGGAACUCCUUUAUUAGGGGUACAGAGAACUCGAUUCUUGGUGUUCAUCAUCAUGUUUAUGCUUUAUGUUAAAUUCUCGGUACUUCGUUUUUAGUUAGAUGUUCAAAAUUCUAAACAUAUUUAUGUAUAUUAUAUUAAGGUAUUCAGUUGAAAAAGUCCGUUUCUCCACGAAAAAGUUCAUACUCACUGCCACAUGUGGCUCUGUCUCUGUCAUCCAAUAAUAUUAUUGUAACUAUUACACUAGUGUCACUUGAUGUUGUAAAUCCAUGCAGUUAUAUAUUAUAAAAUAAAGCUG